UCGUCGUCGCUUGAAUAUUCUGAGCUUGAGUCUUCCAACCAUGAUAAAGACAUCUCUUGGUGAAUAUUUGUCAAAAUUUGAUAUGAGUUCAAAUUAAUAUAAGAAAUUAGUCCAACUGAGGUGCGCUGCGUAGUCUUCUAUUGUCUUUCUCGGUGCAGUUUGCUUGAAGGGACUCGCGAAGCCUUGCAUGACUUUUGGUGUUCGAAAAACAGGAAACGGGAAAACAAGCCAAACUGAUUUACUCGACUGUCCACAUCAUUUCGAUGCGUUGGCAGAAACGACAGGUCAGUAUGACGGGCUCUGAAUCGGUAAGGCUCCAAGGCUGCCGUCUGAAGCAGCGACACACUUUGAGGUUGUAGUGUAGUGCAAGAAGGGGAACUCGCAUAUAUUCAUCUACCCAAUACAUUUGAUUGGCUAAAGGAGGCUUGUGGUGCAUAAAAAACCAACCUCGAAGUCCCACUUAUCCAAUACUGUCAUAUUCUAGUAUCACAAGUUUGAUCGCGGCUAUGGAAUUGCUUGCGACUGGUUUCAACGCUUGGGGCCAACUUCAAUUUCAUAACGGGCAGAGUGAUACAUCUUCUGAACCUGAUGAUAUCCACUCGUUUCAGUCCGUCCUGAAAGAUGAUUUCAUCGGACACCCAUGUUCCCUUUUAGAAUGUACCUUUGUCAAAACUACCUCCGGAAUACGGCAAGCAGGUUUCAUCGAUGCCAAUCGAGCAAAUCUCAAGGAGAAGUUCCUCUCGUUCACGGCGGCUCUUGCAGGGAAUGGCAUUAUAGCUGAGUAUGAUGGCCACGAUGCAAUCUGCCAGUACGGAUCUCAGUUCUCUGGGAGUGGACCAGAGCAGCAGAACUUUUCUGGAAUGGGCCGAAUCGUCCAACUGGUAGCAUACGAAACCGGCUUUGUAGCUCUAUCAAAAGAUGGUCGCGUCUGGACUUGGGGAGAUGCGCGCUAUAGCGAUUGCCUCGGAAGAUCGGCAACAAAUUCAAGUCUAGCAGAGAGACCUGGUUUCGUAGAAGAACUGGAGGACCUACCGACCGGCAAGAUAAUCAAAAUCUUUGCCGCUGGAUAUUUGAUCCUUGCCUUGACGGAAGGCUAUGAUCUCUAUGCUUGGGGCGGACAUCCGGGACGAAGAGCCAUUCUCGAAGGGUUAUCUGGUAGUCCGAUACCCGUAGUAAUAAAAGAAAGCGAUAUAAUUGACUGCGGGGUCGGAGAAUCACAUAUGAUCGUGCUCACUUCUGAGCAUGAGGUAUACGUCAUUGGCGAUAAUACGAAUGGUCAGCUAGGGUUGUCAGUCAAAGAGGCAAGAGCGUGGACGAGGAUAUCUUUGCAGUUAAGAGUAGGACAAAUCGUUUGCGGAGUAAGUGCAGGGCAGCGCACUUCGUUCAUAUUGACCAAAGACAAAGAUCCUUGA